CGACGCUUGUGAUUGGCUCCCUGCUACUGUAUUUCCUGCUUUCCCCCAUAACUGCAAACUGUGGAAAUUGAACUGAGAAGUCCCUUUCCUUUUAACUCACAUUUUUUAAUUCAGUUUUGUAACUCUUAACCUGGUUCAAAACAUGCUGAAGGAAGAUGAAGAUCUUGACAGGUUUCUUAAGCGCGUUGAUGAGAUAAGUGGGCUGGUUAAAGAGCUGAACUCGUCUGAUCCUGUGAGCCAGGAGAAGGCUGUGGUGAAAGCAGAUGAGCUCAUAUCUGCCUUCGAAGAGCAAGGCGGCGCCGAGGAGCCCUGUAAGACCAGAAUCAAUCGGACGGUGAUUAACACACGCCCGCCACCGCGCCUUACAUCUCCUCAAGGUUUACCGAAUGAUUCCCAAAUUAGCCAAGAACAUUUCUUGAAGAUUUUAGAAAAAGAUGCAGAAGACAGAAGGAAGAGGAGAAAGGAGAAUGAAACUUUAGCAAACGCACUAAAAGAAAUGGGGAAUGAAGCGUUUGCCCAGGGCAACUAUGAGACUGCUGUCCAAUGCUACAGUGAGGGGCUUGAAAAGCUACGUGACAUGCAUGUCCUCUACACCAACAGGGCACAGGCCUAUAUUAAGCUGAAGAAAUACAAGGAGGCUAUCAGUGAUUGUGACUGGGCCUUGAGGUGCAGUGCUAAUUGUAUAAAGGCCUACGUUCAUAUGGGAAAAGCUAACCUGGCCCUAAACAAUUAUGAAGAGGCUCGAAAAAGUUAUAAGAAGAUACUGGACAUUGAGCCUAAAAGAGCUAACUUAGUUAAGGAGUAUUUGAAUGAAGUGGAUUUAGAAGAAAAGAAGGAAUCCCAGGAAAAGGAAGCACAGGAACAGUUUGAACAAGGAAAAGAAAAUGCAAUGUCGGUGCUCGAGCUCCUUCAGAAGCUAGAAAAGCCUGAUCAGAUCAGUCUGUACUAUGCUGGCGGCAUACGCCUUUUAUCAGAAACAAUUCGACAUUGCACGGAGCAGACUCUUUUCCGAAUAAACAAUGGGUUCAGUAUCAUCAACGGCAAUAACAUUGUAAGAAGGAGCCUUGCGAUGCAAUCUGCAGAGCCACAUUGUGAUGAAUUGUGCACGUCUGUCCUCGAGCUCUGGAAGGCCGUUUGCAAAGGAAAUGAAGAAAACCAGCAGCUCUUGAUACACUAUUCUGGCAAGCACCUGGUCAGCUUGUUACCAUCACGAACCUGUAGAAUACAGACAGAGUGCAUGAAUUUGCUUGGCCUUUAUACACAGACCCAAUAUGGAAGGAGAUUGGUUCUUCAAAAUCUUGACCUGUACGAGUUGGUGGAAAACCUGUUGGGGUUUAUACGUGAUAAAGAUACCACUGCAAUAUGUGCCAUGACUAUUUUGGGCCACUUGGCAGCUGAAAAUAAAUUUAGAGUUCUUUUCAGAGAAAACUUCACUACAAUGUUCGUGCCUCCAUUUGCAGACUUGCUGCAAAAUAUCUCCUCAGUGGACGAGACGAUGCUUCCACUGUGCAUUUCAAUGAUGAACAGUAUGACAGAAGAUAAUGUCAUUCGAGGAAAGAUAGCCAGCUGCCAGGAAUUCUGGGAUGUCUGUCUCAUCACCAUGGAUGAUUGUGCACUCUGUUCCCCUGACAAAUCCUCUAAGCACUGCGAUCUGUUAUUUGCAUUGCUUGGGUUUAUGAUGAACCUCUCCAUGGAAAUCACUCUGGCAGUUGAAGAAAAAGCGGUUCACAUCACUGCCAGAUGUUUAACACAGCUAUGCGGUUCAGAUGGGGGGAUUAUCACAAGAACAAUGGGCCUUCUGAGUCACAUUCUCCCACACUCCCCUGCUGCUGCAGAAGAGGCUGUUCAGAAAGGAAUUGUGAAGAAAAUAUUCCGACUUGUUAAGGCUGGAGGGAAGAUUACUACUCAUUUUUCAGUCAGGACACUCUCAGCCUGUACCAAAGUCAGUCAACAAGCUCGGGAGGAGAUAGUGAGAGUUGAUAAGAAAUUCUCCUCCUUGAUGAAACUCCUGAGUAUGGAUGAGGAGCUGGUUGUUGGAAAUGCGGCACUGUGCUUGGGUCACUGCCUGGAGGUCCCAGGAGCUGCUUCCUCUCUCCUGGGCUCCAACAUAGUGAAAAUUCUACUGAAGCACGCUGGAGGGGAUGCCAGCAAAACAGCAGUUCAACAGAACUGUGCCGUAGCUCUAGGCAAGCUCUGCACAGCAGAACCAAGGCACAUGGUCCAACUCAGAGAACUUCAUGGCUUGGAAAUCCUCAAUUCCUGUAUGAAGUUUGUCACAUGAGGAUGUGAUUUCUGUUACGGUUCCAUAAAUGUUUCAGUAUUUUCAAUUUUUAAAAUAUCAUUACCUUCUUCAUCUGAAUACUGUAAUAUCUGCUGCUUCAUUUUCCAGGCGUUUUUCAGUGUUCAGUACUCAGCUUUGUUAUUUUUAUAAUGUAUAGGUCUUUUAAAGUUCAUCGUGUUAUAAUGUGUUUGCCCUGUUAUUUGGUUGGGUAAUUGGCGAUCAUUCGCCCUGUGAAACAAGUUGUGCCUUUAUGCACUGAUUUGUAUUUUUGUUAUUUGUGUACUUUGGAAACAGGUCUGUUUUGUGCCUAUGGCUAUGAGAACUUUGUUUAAUAAAUAUUAAAAGAUGAAUAAAUGAAUGAAAAAGCAUAAA